CACACUGAAAAUAGAGAUUCAAUGAUAAUUUCGUGGCCAUAUGAUGCUAUACAUAAGACACACAUUCAUUUUAACAAUGAUACGGGCGAAAUGACACUUGGAAAAGCUCCAGACUGGGAAAUAUCUGGAUUAGGUUGCAAACAGCAAGAUAUAUUACUAUCUUCUUUCAUUAAGCGUGUCUAUGCCGAAAUCAAAAAAAGUGAUGAUCCUGACGAAAGAGAUAAUUCACCAGGCGAACCUUCUUGUAGAGAAGUAGCACAAGUCCGUCAAAGAGUUCCUAAAAAAGCUAUGACUACACCUGAAGCCAUUGUGGAAUUAAAGAAGCUUUGCAAAGAAUACGACCCUUGUUUGAUUUAUACGGAUAUGGUAAAAGUUGGAGAAGGAGCAUCUGGGUCUGUUUAUAAAGCCAGGAAAAAGUGUGACGGAGAGCAAGUUGAAGAAGACGUACCGGUUGCAAUUAAACAAAUACAUCUCAGACGCCAGGUCAGAAAAGAUUUAAUUGUAGAUGAAGUUAGAAUGGGCAAAGAUAAUCAAUCACAUAAAAACAUGGUUCAACAUGUUGAGUCGUAUAUUUGGAAAAAUGAUGUUUGGAUUGUCAUGGAGUAUAUGGAAGGUGGUAGCUUAACAGAUAUAGUCACACAGAUAUUUAUGGCCGAAAGAGAAAUUGCAACCGUUUGUCUUGAAGUAUUAACAGGUCUCGAAUAUCUCCAUUCAAAAGGAAUCAUUCACAGAGAUAUCAAGAGUGAUAACAUCUUGAUUGGAAUGCAAGGACAAGUCAAACUUUCUGAUUUUGGUUACUGUGCUCAGGUUGAUAAACGCCAAUCUAAACGUACAACACUUGCUGGUACUCCUUGCUGGAUGGCACCAGAAAUAGUUUUAAGAAAAGAAUAUGGACCAAGUGUAGACAUAUGGUCCCUUGGUAUUACAGCUAUAGAGAUGGUAGAAGGAAGUCCACCCCAUCUUGAGAACCCUGAACAUGCGAUUCGAAUGCUAACAACACAAAACGUUUCUCCCACUUUAAAGGAUCCAGAUCAGUUGUCACUACACUUUCGUGAUUUUUUGGGAAAAUGUUUACAAUUUAAUGCCGAAAAUCGACCAACCGCUACCGAGUUAUUACAACACCCUUUCUUGACGAGAGCAGCACCUCAAAGUUCGCUUCUACCGCUGAUUGAGUCAGCUAAAAAGAGUGCUGCUUUGGAUGAAUUUUCCUAAGUUAAUUAUUUAUUUUUUAUGUAUUAUGUAUAUUUUAUAAACCC